AUGACUUUCGGGGACUUCGUGUCCGAGCAACGGGCAAACCUCCCUAUCCACGUUACGCCUGAGGCUUGCGGUGGGAAAACGUAUAUCGUAACGGGGUCCAACACUGGCCUGGGGCUCGAGGCCGCGAAGCACCUAGUUCGCUGUAAGGCUAAGAAAGUCAUCAUUGCGGUCCGAAAUCUCGAGGCAGGCGAAGCAGUCAAGGCCGAGAUCGAGAACGUGACGAAAAUCCGUGGCGUCGCGGAGGUAUGGCAUGUCGACCUGGCAGACUUCCAGUCCGUCAAGGACUUCGCCAAGAAGGCUACCGAGUCGUUGGAUCGUAUCGACGGUCUGAUUGAGAACGCCAGCAUCGCGCUCGACAGGAUUUCCAUCGCGGAGGGAUACGAGACGACAAUCACGAUUAAUGUCCUCAGCACGUUCCUCAUGGCGGUACUCCUGCUCCCGAAAUUGAGCGAUACGGCAAAGCAAUUCGGCACUACGUCUCACUUGAGCAUUGUUGUGAGCGCAGCUGGCUUUGCGUUUAAGGAGCCGUUCGACAAGGUAAAGGAUGAUUUCCUGAGGAAAAUGAAUAGCCCCACCAACGCCAAUAUGGGGUCGAGAUAUCCCGUGAGCAAACUCAUUCAGAUAUUUGCGGGCCGUCACUUCGCAAAGCUUGUCCCGAUAGAAAGAACGGGAGUCGCCGUAAACUUUGUAAACCCGGGCCUGUGCAAAACCGGGCUCAGCCGGCACGGGAGAUUUCUUAAUCGCUUGCCGAUCGUCGGGAUGGGCCUGGUGCUAGGAAGGACUCCCGAGAUGGGCAGUCGCACGCUACUACACGGCGCGGUGGCUGGGAAGGAAAGCCAUGGGUGCUACCUGUCGGUUUGCGAGAUCAGGGAACACCAGCUACCGUCCUGGGUGAGCGAUGAGGAGGGACAGAAACAAGGGAAGAUCAUCUGGGACGAGAUAGCGAAUGUCCUGGAGAAGAUCGAGCCUGGAUGUUUGAGCAAAAUACUGUAA